CCUUAAUGAGUUUGAUCGGCAAUAUCAACACUUCUGAAUUUUAAAAUUUAAAUUAAAAACAUUUAUUUUAAGUUGUGUAACACCUUUUUGACUAAAUUUAUAACGAAAUAAGCUGCUAGCCUUCGAAAAAAAUUCAAAUCAUUAUUAAGGAUGUCCAUCAAGAGCACAAAAUACGAAAGAUCUUGUCGGCAACCAGCUAUUUUGUCUCGUAAACGAAAAGCAGACAAGGAAAUAACAAUUUGUCCUUCUCCUGAAUAUUCAUCAUCAUCUUCAAUUGGAAUGACUCCAAGCAGCAGUGACGAUGCUCCAUCCUCAGAUAUAGAUAUUUCUGGUGAUGAAAACAAAAGUCCUGAACAGAAGUUCUUUUCCUCUUCCUUAAACAGCUUCCGAGGAGUUGCUCAAAUGAUUGGCUCAUCCUCAUUUUCAUCUAAGAGGAUUUCUCCUUUGCCUGAAUUAGACUGGGCUGAGCAGAAAGAUCUCUGGCAUUCGAUGGUUGUGAAAGACAUGGUUUAUUGCAGAGAUCCUAAAAUGUUAUAUAGGCACCCAGAUCUUGCACCUUUAAUGCGAGCAAUCUUGUUUGAUUGGUUGAUGGAGGUCUGCGAAGUUUAUAAGAUGCAUAGAGAAACAUUUUACCUGGCUGUUGAUUAUGUGGAUCGAUUUUUGACUUCAAAACCUGAUUUACCUCGAAAUUGUCUACAACUACUGGGGGCAACAGCUCUUUUUGUUGCAUCAAAAAUGGAAGAAAUUUAUCCACCAAAGUUGGAAUCUUUUGCAUUUGUUACUGAUGGUGCCUGCACAGAGGAACAAAUUUUGCAACAGGAGUUGGUCUUGAUUAUGACUUUGAAUUGGAACCUUACUCCAAUAACUGUCACAUGUUGGUUGAGCAUAUUUUUGCAACUUGCUCAUAUUGAAGAAGGUGAGAACCUGAUUGGACCUGCAAAAUGCCCUAGAAAUUUGUUUGUGGAAAUUACAAAGGUUUUGGAUUUAUGUAUUUUAGACAUAGAAAGCCUGAGAUUCCCAUACAGUGUAAUAGCUGCUUCUGCUAUUGCUCAUUUUAUCUCGAAAGAUACCGCUAUGCAUGUAUCAGGGCUUUCAUGGACAGAACUUUUACCCUGUGUUACUUGGAUGAGACCUUUUGUGGAAGUGGCCCAUGAAAAUGGCCCUGUCUUUGUUAAGCACUUUGAAGAUGUUCCAUCUGAAGACUGUCAUAACAUUCAAACACAUUCUGCAUGCUUGAGUCUGUUGGAACGUGUUCAAGAAAAACAGAGGAUGGUAGUGAAUGAAACCAGUCCAAGUACUGUUCUGAGAGAGCUCACUCCUCCCCAGAGUCAUAAGAAGAAGAGACAUUCUGUGCUGGGGCAUGAUUAGACUGAAUAUGCAAUUAUCACAAAGGGUUUUACAUCUUUUGAUUCUCUCUUUCUAGUCUUGUUGUACCUUAUAUUUGGGAAAGUGCAACUUUGAGAAAUGUCUCUUUGAAUGGUGUAUUAUAUUUCUCAUGUAUUUUGGUAUAAACUUUUUCCUUUAAAAAAAAUCAAACCUGUGAUGUACUGUACAGGUGUGUAUGUAAAACUCUUUGUGUUUGAGGAAGAAUUUUUGUAAAUUUCACUGCUUGUUUUUGCAUUAGAAUGACAUAAUUGAAAACAAUUUUUUCAAUCAAAAUAUAAAAUGCCAAAGAGGAAAGAAAGAAAAAGAGCAGUUUUGCAGUCAUUUUAAUCCUAACAAAAUAACAUUUUCACAAAAAUAUGCCAAACUUUUCGUAUUUUUGUAAUCUUUUUUACGUACUUACUUUCUUUGGCCACCUAGUGUGUUCUGAAUUGCCCAAUGCUGUUCUGCAGUGUUUGUUUUGAAUUCGUUUUCAUCAACGAAUCAAUCCUGCAUAAAAUGAAACUGCAAGAUGUUUUAGAACCAUAUCAUUUUUUAAUUGCAUGUCUGUAUCAUGUUUUUAAAUGCAAAUAAAUCUUGCUUUCACCAAUAUUUUUCUUAAAUUCCCAUUGAUUUCAAUUCAUAGUUUUUUUGUAGCUCAAAAUCAUUAAGGUUGUUGUUAAGAGUUUUAGUUCCCUGAUAAUUUCUGUUGUCAUCAUCAUUUAUCUUUUCACUGUGUAAGAUUUUUGUUUGAAUUGAUUUUUAGCUAAUGAAAUCAAUUUCUUAAAAUUUGGAGAAAAAAAUGAGGAACAUUGUUAUUUUGUUUUUUAUUAUAUGGACUUGCAAGUCAGUUACUGCAUGAGAUCUGAAAUGCAAUAUUAAUAGAUAAUUUAAGAAGAAAAAAAAUCUUGCUUCUAUUCCUUCUCGGGUAUUAUUUAUUCUUUUAAUUUAUCUUUAAUUUAUUUUCUUACAAAAAUAGUGUGUGUUGUAAAGUUAAAUAAGUGUACUGUGCUCAAGAAUGUUUAGUUCUAUUUAUUUUGAGAUUGCCCAAAUAUUGCUCUUCAUUGUUAUACCUGUACGUUUAGAGCAGAAAUUAUAAUGCAAGAUUAUAUAGUAGUACAAUAUUUGUUUUUUAUCAGCUGUGUGUAAUAAUUGAUUUAUUUCAAACUAAAAUAUAAUGUAUAUCUUAAAAUUCAAUCAAUCCUUAAAUUUUUAUUAUGGUCUUGAAAUUUAGACUGCUAUUUUUUGUACUUUGUUUAUAGAAUUGGUAAUAAAUUUUAGUAAUCUUCAUUCCAUUAGAUUAAAAAGAUAAUCUUUCCAUUAAAAUUUUGGAAAACUAAGACCGAAUGUAUCAUUCAUUACAUUAUUCGCAAAUUAAUGUGCCAAUAUCAUAAAGGGGAUUUUUUAUACUCAUUCUCAUUUUUUUACCAGUUUUAUACUUUUAUAUUUGAUUAUGGGUAUUCAUAUAUCAGCAUUUAAUACUUAUUAAAUGUUUUUUCUGUGUCUGUAAAUAUGUUUUGUAUAUAAUGUUUUCUGUGAAUGCAAGAGUGAACGUUUUGGAGAUGUUAAAAACAGACUGUUUUUAUAAUUAAAGAAAAUG